AUGGCGUCCGACCAGCCCCACGACAUAACAGCCCCCAUAACCCCCGCGCGCUUCGCCGCCGCCCUCAAGGACCUCUCCGUGGCCUCGCUGCACCUCAAGACCCUCGAGAUCCGCAACAGCCUCGCGCACCUGGCCUACUCGAACGCGCAGCUGCGGCCCUUUGCCGACGGCACGCAGGCGGCGCUGGGCAGCACAGGCGGCGGCGCGGGCCAGCCGGACCCGGACUGCGUGGACGCGAUCCGCGAGAACGAGGCCGUCAUGGAGCGCAUGCGCGAGCGCGUCGGCCUCGUGCGCGCCGAGGUCGAGGCCCGCGGCCUCAGCUGGCGCGAGUUCGAGGCUAAGGACGAGGUCGAGGAUGACGAGCCUGGCGUCACUGCUCCUGCGGCAGCGGCGGUGCCGGCUGCGAAUGGCGUGAACGGGCAUGCUGAGAGUGGUGGUGCGGCGGGACAAGGCGUCGGCGCAGAUGGUGCAGCCUCCUCGAGGAGCAACCCCUGGGAGGACGGCACGUUCCAGACGGGCGUCAUCAGGAACGGCGAAAUACAUAUGGAUGCUGCGCCUCGGCAGGGGGGCAGCACGGCAUCGAGGCAGACAAACGGUGGCGGCGGCGGGAGCCUGACGGAUGAGGAGCUUCGUCGCAGGCUGGAGGAGCGGCUCGCAGAAGACAACGACGAGGAGGACGGAGGUCUGCAUCUGUGA